GUCAACUACUCAGCCCCCUCACACGUCCGGGCCGCCAUCCCACUUCUGACACCAGUGUAGUGAACCCGCGGGGCAGGGAACGAAGCAAAUAUGGGUCUCUGGCGUGAAAGGCAAACACCCUUCGCGUCACACCAAUAAGGUGAACCCACUUGGUUGGAAUUGUGACAUGGCUCGUUCAGCGAGGAUCGCGACAAUACCUGGGUUGCUGGCGUGAAAGGCAAACACCCUUUAAUUGAAAUAAAUAAACAACUGACUGAAAUACAAAAAAAUGAACCCUCAUUUAAAAAUGACAUAAUUUAAACUACACAGUAAUGAAUCCGUCUCACAAACUAGGGUAUUGGGAAGUUUUGGACUGGAACAGCUUCACUCAUGAACCCGAGGAGCCUUAAUAUUAUGUAUGAAACAGGAACACUUUUAGACCGUCCCCUCGCCCAUACCCGGGCGCGAACCAGGGACCCUCUGCACCCAUCAACAACAGUGACCUGUUGGUAUAGUUUCAGUGCCAGGACAAAACAAGGUAAUGUCGACAACACCCAAAGAUACACGCUGACAGUUUCCUCGUGAUGUCGUCUACAAAAUAUCGACAAAAGCCACCCUUCAACUCUGACCCACUGAGUGAUACACGGGUGAAAACAAAACGCUUCACAAUCACCUCUGAAAAGCUCGGGUGGGGAAGAACAACAUGACAUAGCAGAGAAGUAAACAGCUUUUCCAUCUGCAUCCGUUUCAAACACAUAGGAAAAUGUUAAUGACAGCAUGGCUGGUCAUGCCCUCUGCUUAGCGGCGUGUGUGUUAUAAAUCACCUCAACAAUACGGCCACUGACGACAACUGCAGCACAUACCUAGAAAUAUGGCACAGCCAUGGCUGAACGUCAGCCUACAUCCAGAGAGAAGUAACUUUACGUAAUCUAACAAUAAUUAUUUUAUCCAAAGCCUAAGGUUACGCUAUAACACGACCGUUCUGCUUAUUGCAUUUAUAAACCUGAACGCUUGUUUGUAUUUUCUGUAUAGAACGAGAACGGGUGCCUUUGGGACCGUACUAUCUGGGAUCGUUGGGACGUCCCUACCCCUCAUUGCAGUUGACAUGGUUAAGGUAAUGCGUUAAGGUCGUGCGUUAAGGUAAUGCGUAAAGGUCGUGCGUUAAGGUAGUGCGUUAAAGUAAUGCAUUAAGGUUAUGUGUUAAGGUAAUGGCAGGGACGGCCCAAGGAUCAUAAAUAGCAGUGACCAUAGCCUGUGUCCCCCGGAGAGGGCACACGGGUUCGGGAGCCAUUACUUGUGACGUAACUAGCUCGUUAACCGGCUGUUUUAACUCAGACUGCGGUAGCGGCCGGGUGUAAAAGUCGGAAGUAAAUGACCGACAGUCUCCUCCUGGCCAAAACGUGUUGAGGCGGAUAGGUCUUUACACCUUUUGUCAGCUAAAUAAAAGGCGCACAUUAUUGGUACUAAGAGCGAAGAAAUAUUUUAUACUCGAGCAAUUUCGUUAAAAAAAAAAAAAAAAUUAAGGAGGGUGCGCAGGGUUGUAUUUUAUCGUACGAGCUAGAUAGAGAUAGCAGCUCUUUGUCUCGUUUCGGUUAGUUUAGUUAAUUUAGUCUGAUAUCUGAAGUAGCUAGACAACUGCGACAAUGGAUAAAGCAAAAUCAAUUAUCGGGAAAAAAGGGUCCGGAUCUUGUCAUGCCAACGGACUUCAGAGGGAGUGUCAUUCCCAGGCUAACAUCGGCGGCUGUAACGCUUACAAAUCAAGUGGAAACUGUAGUGGUGACAGUAGCAAUAUUGAACAAUUCCAUCACCUGCAGCCCGAUCACGUCGAAGCCAAUGGGUCAUCCAAUGGGUCAUCCAAUGGGUCAUCUCCUGCGAAAAGAUGCCGGUUACGAAGAAGAGUUGAGUCGGUGAAGAGAAACAGACCACCCUUCCCCUGGUUUGGGAUGGACAUCGGCGGUACUCUGGUGAAGCUGGUCUACUUCGAGCCUAAGGACAUCACGGCGGAGGAGGAACAGGAAGAGGUGGAAAACCUGAAGAGCAUCCGCCGCUACCUGACCUCCAACACGGCGUACGGGAAGACUGGCGUCCGAGACGUCCACCUGGAACUGAAGAACCUGACCAUGUGCGGCCGGACGGGCAACCUGCAUUUCAUACGCUUCCCCACACAGGCCAUGCACCGCUUCAUCCAGAUGGGCAGCGACAAGAACUUCUCCAGCCUCCACACCACGCUCUGCGCCACGGGCGGAGGGGCCUACAAGUUCGAGAACGACUUCAGAACGAUGGCUGAUUUAGAGCUGUUGAAGCUGGAUGAGCUUGACUGUCUGAUUCACGGCCUGCUCUAUGUGGACUCCGUGAGGUUCAACGGCCACCCCGAGUGCUUCUACUUUGAGAACCCGUCAGACACCCAGAACAGCGUGAAGACUCCGUGCAGUCUGGCAGACCCGUUCCCUAUGCUGCUGGUUAACAUUGGAUCUGGGGUUAGCAUCCUGGCUGUGUACUCUAAAGACUACUACAAACGGGUCACCGGCACAAGUCUUGGUGGGGGUACGUUCCUGGGCCUGUGCUGCCUGCUGACUGGGUGUGAGACAUUUGAAGAGGCUCUGGAUAUGGCGAGCAGAGGCGACAGCAGCAAUGUGGACAAGCUGGUGAGGGAUAUCUACGGAGGAGACUAUGAGCGUUUCAGCCUCCAAGGAUCUGCUGUAGCCUCCAGCUUUGGCCACAUGAUGAGUAAACAGAAACGAGACUCCAUCAGCAAAGAGGAUCUGGCCCGGGCUCUGCUGGUCACCAUCACCAAUAACAUUGGUUCCAUUGCACGCAUGUGUGCCGUCAACGAGAAGAUCGAGAGAGUUGUGUUUGUUGGCAAUUUCUUACGGAUCAACACCGUGUCUACUAAGCUGCUGGCCUACGCCAUGGACUUCUGGUCCAAGGGACAACUGAAGGCCCUGUUCCUGGAACACGAGGGAUAUUUUGGAGCGGUUGGGGCAUUCCUGGAGCUGCUAAAGUCAUCUGAGGAGCCAUGAUGAUAUGCCAAUGCCAUCCCUCAAGAAGCUGCCGAGAAGCCGCCACAGGAAACUGGAAAAAGCCAUUUAAUUUAACUAUAAACAUCUUUGAUCUAUUUUUCUCUAAAAUCCCCUCAAAUAGAGGUUUUUAUUAAUAAAGCUAAUGUAAUGUCUCA